ACGGACGCGCGGACGGAAGGAAGGAGCGAGGCCGCCGGGCCUGGCCCGGGGAUGCGAGCGGCCUCAGGGAGCGGAAAGAAUGUCGGAGCGGGCCGCGGAUGACGUCAGGGGGGAGCCGCGCCGAGCGGCGGCGGCGGGCGGAGCAGCGGCCGCGGCCGCCCGGCAGCAGCAGCAGCAGCAGCCUCCGCAGCCCCAGCGGCAGCAGCCGCCGCGGCGCCUACGGCCGGAGGACGGUGGCCCCGCCGCCGCCUCCACCUCGGCCGCCGCCGCAAUGGCGACCGUCGGGGAGCGCAGGCCCCUGCCCAGUCCCGAAGCGAUGCUGGGACAGUCGUGGAAUCUGUGGGUCGAGGCUUCCAAACUUCCUGGGAAGGACGGGACCGAAUUGGACGAAAGUUUCAAGGAGUUUGGGAAAAACCGCGAAGUCAUGGGGCUCUGUCGCGAAGACAUGCCAAUAUUUGGUCUCUGUCCAGCCCACGAUGAUUUCUACUUGGUGGUAUGUAACGACUGUAAUCAGGUUGUCAAACCGCAGGCCUUUCAAUCACAUUAUGAAAGAAGACACAGCUCAUCCAGCAAGCCUUCAUUGGCCGUUCCUCCCACUUCAGUAUUUUCCUUCUUCCCUUCUCUGUCCAAAAGCAAAGGAGGCAGUGAAAGUGGAAGCAGCCGUUCUUCCAGUGGAGGUGUUCUAAGCGCAUCCUCAUUAAGUUCCAAGUUGUUGAAAUCACCCAAAGAGAAACUGCAGCUCAGGGGGAACACCAGGCCAAUGCAUCCCAUUCAACAAAGUAGAGUCCCCCCUGGUAGAAUCAUGACGCCCUCUGUCAAAGUGGAGAAGAUUCAUCCGAAGAUGGAUGGCACACUACUGAAAUCUGCGGUGGGGCCAACCUGUCCUGCUACUGUCAGUUCCUCAGUCAAGCCUGGCCUUAACUGCCCCUCAAUACCAAAGCCAACCUUGCCUUCGCCUGGACAGAUCCUGAAUGGCAAAGGGCUUCCUGCACCACCCACUCUGGAAAAGAAGUCUGAAGAUAAUUCCAAUAACAGGAAAUUUUUAAAUAAGAGAUUAUCAGAAAGAGAGUUUGAUCCUGACAUACACUGUGGGGUCAUUGAUCUUGACACCAAGAAGCCCUGCACCCGGUCUUUGACAUGCAAGACACAUCCUUUAACCCAGCGGAGGGCUGUCCAGGGUAGGAGAAAACGAUUUGAUCUGUUAUUAGCCGAGCACAAAAACAAAACCAGGGAAAAGGAAUCGAUUCGCCAUCCGGACUCUCAGCAACCAACGCAGCCUCUCAGGGACCCGCAUCCCACCCCUCCUAGAACUUCACAGGAGCCACACCAAAACUCGCAUGGAGUGAUUCCUUCCGAAUCAAAGCCUUUCGUAGCUAGUAAACCUAAACCUCACACCCCCAGUCUUCCAAGGCCUCCAGGCUGCCCUGCUCAGCAAGGUGGGAGUGCCCCCAUUGACCCUCCUCCAGUCCAUGAAUCUCCACACCCUCCCCUGCCUGCCACUGAGCCAGCUUCUCGGUUAUCCAGUGAGGAGGGAGAAGGCGAUGACAAAGAAGAGUCUGUUGAAAAACUGGACUGUCAUUAUUCAGGUCAUCAUCCUCAGCCAGCAUCUUUUUGCACAUUCGGGAGCCGGCAGAUUGGAAGAGGCUAUUACGUGUUUGAUUCCAGGUGGAACCGGCUUCGCUGCGCCCUCAACCUCAUGGUGGAGAAGCAUCUGAACGCGCAGCUGUGGAGGAAAAUCCCGCCAGUGCCCAGUACCACAUCACCUGUCUCCACACGUGUUCCUCACCGGACAAACUCUGUGCCGACAUCACAAUGUGGGGUCAGUUAUCUGGCAGCAGCCACCAUGUCUACAUCCCCAGUCCUGCUCUCGUCCACCUACAUCUCCCCAAAUAACAAAUCGGUACCAGCUCAUGGAACCACAUUAAAUGCACAGCCUGCCGCUUCCGGGGCAAUGGAUCCUGUGUGCAGUAUGCAAUCCAGACAAGUGUCCUCUUCAUCCUCGUCCCCUUCCACGCCCUCAGGCCUUUCCUCAGUGCCCUCCUCCCCCAUGUCCAGGAAACCUCAGAAGUUGAAAUCCAGCAAGUCUUUAAGACCCAAGGAGUCUUCUGGUAACAGCACUAACUGUCACAACGCCAGUAGCAGUACCAGCGGCGGCUCAGGAAAGAAACGCAAAAACAGUUCCCCACUGUUAGUUCACUCUUCCUCCUCCUUCUCCUCCUCUUCUUCUCAUUCCAUGGAGUCUUUUAGGAAAAACUGUGUCGCUCACUCUGGGCCUCCCUACCCCUCAACGGUAACAGCUUCCCAUGGCAUCGGCCUCAACUGUGUGGCAAGUAAAGCAAACUCGGUGAGUGUCCGGCACGACCAGUCAGGGAGGGGCCCCCCCGGCGGGAGCCCCGCUGAAUCCAUCAAGAGAAUGAGUGUGAUGGUGAACAGCAGUGAUUCCACGCUUUCUCUUGGCCCGUUCAUUCACCAGUCCAGCGAACUGCCUGUCAACUCCCACGGCAGUUAUUCACACUCGCACACUCCUCUUGACAAACUCAUAGGAAAGAAAAGAAAGUGCUCGCCCGGCUCGAGCAGCGUCAACAACAACAGCAGCAAACCCACAAAGGUUGCCAAAUUGCCAGCCAUGAACAAUGUCCACGUGAAACACACAGGCACCAGCCCAGGGACACAAGGACUGACCAACAGUUCCCUCCUUCAUCAGGUAGGAAAUGGACUGUGAGCCCUGUGGGGAUGCGCAUUUCCUCUCCUCAAGGUCUGUCGCCAGCCGGGAGAUCUGUGUGUUUGGGGUUGGUUGGUUUGCCUGUAACAAAUGUCCAGCCUCAUGGUGUCCUUUAAAAAGAGGAAAAGUUCAUGGCCAUAUGAAGGUAACAAAGGCUCCUCUCUGCCCGAAUUGCUGAUGACUUGGAAGAUGCUCCUGGGUGAGGAAACCACAGAGGUGCACUUGAGCAGACAGGGCUGCAGAAACCACCCUGCGUGACAGCACAAUCCCUCUCUGUAGCCAACGAGCAUAGUCCCUGGGGGACAGUGUGUGUCCUGUGAUGCUGUGCAGGAGGGAAGCAGGCUGUGUUUCCUGGAGAGCAGUUUUCUAGUAUGUUCCUCUGAAGAAAGAUGGGCUAAAAUCAAACUGAUGUAGAGAAAGAUGAUUUAAAUUUUAAAAAGCAAGAGCUUUUAAUAUUUUUCCCAUCAAGGAAUUUCAGAUUUUCUGAUUAACUCUCUCCCUAUAACUAUUUUCUUCUCCAAGUUUUCCAGGAAAGCCUGAAAACAGCAUUAAGGAUAGGCAUCGCAGAAGACUAAAAUCUCCUUGAAGUUAAUAGAUUAAAGAGAAGUCUGAACGUGAGCCCAUUUGUAGAGAAGUGACUCACUAGGUGUGGGGCUCUCUCUCACACUGAAUCUCUAUCUUUCCCCCAUGUUCCACGGUUCCUGUCUUCUCCCAGCCCUCUCUCCUGUGGCCGUCUCUUCCAGCUUCCUUUGCUCUAACUUCCAGCUCCUCUCUCAUCUUGUUAUCUCAUUCAUCAGGAUAUCUUCUCCCCUUGCUUACAAGCAGGAAUUUCAGCAGCAUCACCCCAGAGCCCUGAUUUAAAAUGUGAAGCCCAUUUUUGUUUGUUUCUUUUCCUUCCUCAUCUUCAGAACUUAACUCAAAUGCCAGGUUAGGACUUUUUCAUAAAAUACCAAGAGGUUUCUUACUGUGAUAUAAUUUCCCUCCAAUAUCUGUGUGAAUUAAUACCCAAUGCCAAAGAUAUGGGGAAAAUAAUUAUCCAUGAAUUUAAAUAGCAAGCGCUCAAAUUCUUCUGUUGCAGCCUCACAUCCGUAUGGGCUGUUUGUCUGUUUGGCUCUUUGAGCAGGGGGUUCCUGGACAAGUGAAAAUGUGCUUUUAUUUCCUGGUUUGUAGUUACUCAUGAUAGUUUAUGAUGAGCAUAAAAAUGCAAUGCAAACAGCACAAGAAAUGGUAGACCCAUCCCUUAAAAACUCCCUUCUGAAUGGAGUUUCGUGAUUCUCCGGGAACUCCGCAGGAGGGGUGUUCCACUGCGUUCUGAUGCCCACAUUUGUAUUACUGAGCGCACUCUGUCUUCGUGUAGACGCGGCUGCAGACCUUACCGCCCACAGUAACAGAAAGGAGAGGAAGAGGCUGGGUGGGCGCAGCUGAGAGGAACAGUGUCUGUGGAAAAUUGGGGAGUGGGAGCCCCGUCUACAUGGAGCAGCUGUUCCCAGAAACUUGUUACCACUUUCAAAGGGAAACUGCAAAUCUGGACUUGCAUGAGAAAUGCGGCCAUUUUUUUAAGCUGUGUAGUUUUUUGUUGUGUAUUUUAAUCUGGUAUAGCCCACACAUCUAUUGGCUAAGUUGGGCUCAUGAGCUACCAGUUUGCCACCUCUGAUUUCCACCAUCUGCGGGGGGCUAUAUCCCACUAGGACCGACAGCCUAAGUUUGGGUUCUGUUCCUUAAAAUUAAUUUCAACUUGUUUGUAUUUGAGAAAGAUUUCCUCUGUGCAGUGGAAUACUUUUUAUUAUGCUUCACAAAUCCUAGGGGGGACCCCUGGCUAGAGAUCAGAGGAUCGGCAAACCCCCAAAAAAAGCGUAGCAUAGUUUUGUGUCCGUGCUCAUUUAUCUGGAAGAGGGAUCCUAUAGCUUUCAUCAGAAUCUCAGAGGGACCCAGGACUCCAAAAUGCUUUAAAGAAUGCUGCUCUUAGAAAAGUAGGGACCUCAACUCGCUGUGCUGUUCCUUCUGGAGCUGAUUUUAAGACAGAUAACUGAGCUGGUUGAAGCUCCCUAAACAAGAGAAUGCAGUAGGACAUGCUGGGAAGCCUAGGAGAUGGGGCUGGGCAGCCACAUCCUCCCCCCUUCCCCCCGCCAGUCUGUUCGUAGCCUCUGCCAUCAAGGACUUAAAAAUAGCUCCCUGUGGGACAGUGAGGGCCAAGGCUCCCUCUCCCCGCAGAGCACUGCCUCGGAUGUGAGCUCUCACACCUGUGUGUGCCAGCCCAUUUGACCUUGUUCACUUCUCAGUUGACAACCUGGAAUGCCUUCAAGGAAACAAAAUCAGUAAAUAAAACCAAAAGGCAAACACGUAAGCCUUUUCUCUAAGCUAGAAACCUGGCCUUGCAUCUCUUCUAGACAAUUUUCUAAAAGUCAGGCUUUUAGAAUGGUCGUGCUCGAGGGCAGUGAAGGCUUUUGGAAAGCUAAGGGCAAAUUCUGUAGCUGACUGCUCCUGGCAUCACCCGGUCAGUGGAGACGUCAGUGGUGUGUGGCCUUUGGAAUAUUCUUGCUUAGUUAGCAUCAGCGCAGCGCAGUGUACAACCGCUGACUUACCUUUUCAUUGUCUCCCCACCCCUCUUUUUUGAAAGCCAAAGGCACGUCCCUGACAGCUGAAAAUAGUCCUGGGAGGAAUAAUCUGGACACUUUUGACGACAAGUUACACCUCCACUCAGCACUCUGGACUCCACGAUGCCUUUGAGUCUGUUUUCCCAACCUCCUGUGGGCCUCAAGGGUAGAAAUCUGCCGGGCUGUUGUUUUAACGAGGAUUUCCCUGAAGCUAUGUCUGUAGCAGUGAGUACUCGUAAAGGACACUGGAUCAAGUUCAGCCACCGAGUUUCUUUUCUCAGUGUUACAGUGGUCUGGACUCCUUGCUACCAAUCUGUGAGAAGUUGUGUUUUGUCUUGUAACUUGCAGUAUAUCACGGAGCCACUCUUCCAGGAGAUUGGCUGGGCAAAAGAAUGUUUCGGCAAGAGCGUUACGGUAGACUUUUCUCCCUCCCUCCUUUCCCCACCUCAGUUCCCUUUUUCCACUGUCUUCUGUAGGUCCCUCUCCAGCAGUUAGGCACCUUAAAUGGAGACACCUUCCAGAGGAGAGCAGAGCUGCGCCCUGAGCAACCCUCUGGAGAAGGGGAUCUGUCGUUUGGUUUUUAUCAACGUUCCAGGAGUGGAAUGUGGAUGUUAGCGCAAGGCACCAUGACAAAAUAGCCUGUAAUUUUGCCCAGCCUUUUUGCAAGUAAUUUGGGAUAAGAAGCUGUCAGUUUCUAACUUAAAAACUGGUUUAAAGCCAUUGAUGCCCAGAGAGCAAGUAUAUAUCAUAUUAGAGGCUUACUUUUCAUGGUAUAAAAGCAAUUCAGUGUGACUUUUUUAAAAAGAAAAUGCAAAUGCAAACUAGUUUUGUUAAUGGAAAGCCAAAUUUUGGUGGGAGGGGGUGGAUGAAAUCACUACAGGGGGAAACAUUUUUCCAAGAUUUCCAAAGAGAUGGAAUUUUUUUAUCCUUUAAGUUUUCAUGUUAAACAGUAUGGCAGAUUGGGUUGAUUGUCCUGCCCAGUCUCCUAUUUUCAAAAAAUUGCCUUUGUAAAGUGAGGUUAUUAGGAUGCAGCAGAAACUUUCAUUCACAAAGUCAUUAAUAUACUUAUAUGUUUCCAGGCACUCUGCAUUACCCUUGAUCUCUCCUCUUUGGACACUGUCCUGGGACUCAGUGUAAAUUUCUGCUCUGAGCGCUCCCCAUGUGUGUGUGUCUGCGCUCCCCUUCCUGCCAGAACAAGUGUUUAUGUGGGUGCCAUUGGGGUGGGGAGCAGGCCCCCAGGGAGGGGAGGUGGCCCAUGUGUACGCAUACAGAGAUGAUGUGAUAGGUAUAUAGUAUUUCCCCAACACACCCUCUUUUCUGGGGAUUAACGCCAGCCGUCUUCCUAAGAGAGUUUUAGAGAUGCUCUGGGAUAUUUUCUCUAGUGCCCCACCCCAAAAGAAAGAACUUAAUAUGUUAAAACAUCAUUGCUUGAGAAGGUGUCAUUAAAUAUGGAGGAUGAGCUGGGGCUUUUUAAUAGGUAAUCCCACCACCACAGCUCCUGGAACAAGAACUGGGCUCUUUUGUUUAGAACAACACACAAAGUUGCUGCACACAGGGUCAAUUCCCAAGGCUCUGAUCAUCACCCUGGGUAGGACCUGCACAGAGCCAGUCUAGUGCAUCCUUUUUUCCCUAAAAUUCUUGGGUUACAAACUUCAGUUUCAGGGAAUUUCAAGUCAACAACAGGUAGAAUGAAUAAAUACUUGGUUACCAGCCUAAUAAUGUGAAUUACUACAGAAUUAUUCUUAUUAUGUAAGAAAAAAACAUUAUGCAGAUACUUUAGCUAUAAAUUGAUGUAAAAUAUUGAUUUUUUUUUUUUUAAGGAAGGGGAGAGCAGUAUCUUGUUCACUUAUUAUGCAAUCAAUCAGUAAAUGUUUUUUAAAUGAUGCUGUAGGAGAGCUUACGAAGGAGAGCAUGGAUGGGCCAGUUCGAUGGAGUUAGGAAAAAUCAGUCUGGUUGCUCCAUCCCAGUGAAGGAAGAGGGAGGAGGUAAGAGGGAAUCAGAACGUACUUAGUUUGAUUCCUUGAUGACAAGUGCAAUGGGGUCUGGGUAGAAUUUAUUUUCAGAGCCAAGGGGACUUGAUGGUUAUAAAUAAAGUUGCUUUUAGCGAUGGAAUUUAUAGACAGAUCAUGUUGUUCCGAAAGAUGUGAAUAGGAUCCACGAUAACAAGUUGAUUCAGAAUAAUGUAGAUAUUUAGAUUAGCGAGUAUUGAUCAUUUGAUUUCUUAGACUGAGGUUUUAAUGGAAUUUCAUUGUGUCUCCCAGUAGUACACAGAGCAUCGGGAUUAGGAAAUUAGCCAUUUUGGAUUCUGCCUGCCACAAACAGACCUAUUCUAAACAGUGCUAUUAAAUUUUAGACUGUUGUUCAAAUAUUUUAUUUUCUCCUACAACUACUUUUUAUUAUGAUGAGCAAUUAAGACCAUUUAGAACACGGGAGUACAAGUAUUUUUUUGAAUUAAAUUAACUCGCAAAAACCAAAUUUGCAGUGGUUGGGUUGUUUCUAGACAGACUUUGGUAUCAACUUAAAAUCAAGAUAAUUUUUAUAUUCUUUCCAAUAGAAUUUCAUGACAACUCCUGCAGUUUUCUUAACUUACAAAAAAAAAAAAGUGCUGCAAUGAACAAAGAAUUAUACAAAACCUACUUUUGUAUCUUUAUUUUGGAAUUUCUUGUUCUAUUAUAAAUAUGGAAGUAUCCCUAUUUCAGAAGACAUAUUUUGUUAAAAAUGAAUUGUACAUAUUUAAAUAUGUAUUUUUGCACAGGUCUUUUUUUCUGAUAUCCUGUUUUGGUACAAUUGAGAUCAUCUAGUAUUUAUUUAUUAAUUAAUAAAAGUAAAUACCUUUUUAUAAUUUGAAGUGGUUCACUGCCAAGCCGAUAGUUCUAGAACCUGCCUCCUUCACAGUUGAAGGGAUGCCUCUGUUCUGUGAAAGUCUUCUUGUCCCUGUAAUGUCUCGGGAGUGGAUUCAGACAGAUGAAGUGGGCAUUGCUUCUCCCUGGUUGCCUGAUUUCCUGAUAGACUACAUGUAACUAAGUGACACACUGCUUUUCUUUUGUUAGUGUUUUGUGUGUGUGUGUGUGUGUGCGCGCCUGUGUGUGUGUAUGUGUACCCUCUGAGCACAUGUGUGUUCGUAUGUGAUGUGGUUUAAAACUAAUGGAAACAAACUGAAAGUGCCUGAACCUAGUUUUAAGCUUAGACGGAUUCUCUUUAAAAAGACUUGAAUGUUCAGUUGAACUUUUGGAGUUUGCUUUUUCCACCUAAAUAUUGUUUCUAAAAUUUUAGGGGAGGAGUUGAAAACCACCAAUGCUGGUAAUUUUAUAAGGUAUUUUAAAUUAAGACCUUUUGGUUCCCAGUAAUUCAACUAGUGAUGGAUUGCCAGGUGGCACCAAGGGUUACAAAUCUUUUUGUCAGCCAGCAACUUACAUGAUGUGUCUGUUUUGUUACUCACUCAUGAAAAACAGAGUUUAAAAUAGAAUAUUUAAAAUAUUUUGUAUUCCAAAAAUAUAAUACAAAGUACCUCUGAGGACACUGAAAAAAAAUGUAUAAUUUGAAAAAUGUAACUUAUCAAGGCAGCUGUCUUCCUGCAAGAGUUCUGUUGCCAAGGAAUUUCUUAAUAUCUCUCAUUCUGUCCUGGGGGGGGGUCGAAGUUGGACUUUGGAAAAUGAUUGUUAAAAGUUUCAGUUUAGCAGAAAAUAAUCAUUUUUACAUUUUGUGCAAAACAUUUUACAUUUUCAGAUCAUUUAAAUGAGCACUACAUACUGUCAGUGUGAAUGUAGGGCCUUGAAAGCAUUUUGCUGUUUUUUUUUUUUUUUGAGCUUGGUUAUAAAAGCAAUCUCCUGUGUUAAGAUGUGUGAAUAGUUUGAUAAUUUGUACACAUAAUCAAGAGCAUCUCAGCUGGACUUUGUGUUGGCUGCUGUAUAGAACAUGAACAAAUGUCAAGGGAUAGAAAAUUACUUUGGAUAUUUAAAAGAGAAGAAAUAUAUAGUCUAUUUGUUUUGUAACAAGUUUCUGUAAAUAAAAUAAUUUAUACUAUUUAUAAGAAAAAGUUGUGCUUUGCUUUAUGAGAAAUCAGUUUGUGGAACAAACAUGUUACUAAACGGGCAAUAAAAUGAGGACUUCUCAAUAAAUAAGGUGGCUGCA